AUGGGAGACGCUCCGGAGAAAAUCCAUAUAAAGAAUUGCUACGCUGAACCAUGGAAGGUCCCCUAUUCGGAUAUUCGCUUGGCAAGCAAACAGACUGAAUCGGUCGGACUCGCCUGCAGCUACCGAUAUGUUGCUGCUCCAUGGGAUGUCGGUGGGGGUGGCAUGAUGGGUUUGAUCAACCUGUCGGAUUGUGGUCGGAACCCGCCUGUGACAAAGAUUAAGGGACACACAGGGUCUAUCCAAGAUUUGGCAUUCAGUCCAUUCUACGAGUCGAUUCUCGCAUCAGGGUCAGAGGAUAUGACAAUACGCAUAUGGGAUGUUCCCAGCGAUCCACCUCCUGGACACGAGCUGAAGGACCCUGUAGCCAUUCUAACAGGAUCUGCCAAGAAAUUGAUUGCGACGGAGUGGAACCCGGUAGCGGACUUCAUUCUUGCCUCCGGUUGUUUUGACGGAACUGUUGCACUUUGGGAUGUCGACUCGGCUUCGUUAGUCAGUUCUAUCUCACUGAGCGAUGCAGUUCUUUCUGUUAAAUGGAGCAAUUCAGGGGACACGCUUGCAAGCACAAGUAAAGACAAAUCCCUUAGCAUCAUUGACCCUCGAGCAAAGAAGAUUGUGGCCUCAGUCAAUUGUCAUGAGGGCCCCAAAGCAACAAAAUGCUGUUGGGUUGAUGGGUUUGCCGGCUCCCCUGGUCACAUCCUUACAACGGGUUCCAGCAAGUCUAAUGAAAGGGAGUUGCACCUGUGGGAUAUCAAGAGUUUUACUAAGCCAUUGCUUCGUGUGGAGAUCGAUCGCGGCUCACAGCCUCUCUACCCAAUUUUUGACGAAACACUUGGGAUGCUUUAUGUGGCAGGCAAGGGAGACGGGAACCUACGAUAUUUCCAGUUUUACGGAGGUGAACUGAGACGUGUCGACGACUACAGGUCAAAUGUACCAAUCAAGUCCUUUUGUUUCGUCCCGAAGCUCGUGGUCGACCAGAAGCGAGCAGAGAUCGGCAGAAUGCUUAAGAACGAAAAUGGAAAAGUGCUUCUUCCAGUAUCCUUUAUUGUUCCCCGGAAGAACCAGGACGUUUUCCAAGCCGACCUCUACCCGCCUACGCCGGGCGUUGAUGCAGCCUUGACCGCAAGUGAAUGGAUCUCAGGGAAGAAUGGAGUGGUAAAGCGCAUAGUGCACCAACCCGGGAAUAUUCCACAGUUCAAAGGAGCUGCUAAGAGUCAGACACCCCAAGCAGGAGGCAUGCGACGGCUUGAAUCAACUCGAGUCAUUUCAGAGCAGGCUCCUUCGGUGCUUCAGAAAACCGUAGAGAAAGCUCAAGACGAGACAAGGAGGCUUGAUGCAAUUAACAAGUCCCAGGAAACGAAGAUUAAAGAGUUGGAGGCCCGUGUCAGAGAACUUGAGCCCCUGGAAGCAAAAGUAAAGCAGCAAGAGGAAAAAAUAAGAUCUCUCGAGAGCAAGGCGCAAAAUACAGUGCAGCAGGCCGCUCACAGCAAACCUGGGGAGCUGGAGGAGAAGAUUAAACAACUUGAAGCAGACAACGUUUCGCUGCGCGCCCAGCUUGAGGAUAGUGCCUCGAAAGUGGUCCAGGCGCUUAAAGAGGCCAAGGCAAAAGAUGCAGAACUGCAGAAGAUUCAGAGCCAGUUAGAAGCAAAGGAAAAGCAACUUGUUGAACUGACGAAAGCCCACCAGGAACUUAGCAGCAGCAUGGCAAGGGCAGAGGGCACACUGCAGCGAGCAGCUACUCUCUCCGGAUUGGAUGAAGGCGUUCGCCAGGAGUUCAACGAGAUGAGGGACUUCUUUCGGGAGAUUUUAGAUGGGACCCUAACAGAACUCGCCAAGGAGUGA